AUGGCUCCCUCUAUCAUGGCCAGUCAGGCGCUUAUGGUCCUUGUUGUCUUUGUCGCAAUCAAAUUCCGCAGUUCCAUCGGCAACGCUAUCAAUAAACUUAUUUCUAUGGUUAUCAAAUUCCACCUUUAUCGUCGCUAUCCUGUUCAGCAUGUCGACGACAAAACCCCUCUUCCCACUCUGCCCUACCAAUGGCCUGACAGUCAAGGCGAUGGCGCCAAAUUCCUCCAGGGCCAGUCCAACUCGGAGCGCUGGGAAGAGCAGUUGGGCUCCAUUUACCGUCUGUGGUCUGGCAUGAAUCCCGAAGUUGUCCUCACCCGCCCCGAACACAUCCAAGCCGUCUUCAAAGAUUCGCACAAGCACCUCAAGGCCAAAAACAACAACUCUGGAUACUUUCUCGGCCAACUCCUGGGCCAGUGCGUUGGUCUCGUCAGCCAGGACCAAUGGACUCGUGUCCGUGCGAUCAUGGAGAAGCCCUUCCACCGCAGCACCUCCACCGCGUACAUCCCCCUCAUCCGCCGCCGCACCCAGUCCUUCUUCCAGGAACUCUGGGACACGCGUGAUCUCUCCCGGGGCCUCCUCGAUCCCGCCGAUGACCUCAAGCUGCUCCCAUUCCUCGUCGUGGCCGAGAUCGUCUACGGCCGGCUGGCCCCCGAGAUUGAACAGGAGCUGCGCAGUCUGGCUCCCCAGCGCGAGAACCUCAUGAAAUACGUCAUGAAAGGCGGUCUCACCCGCUUCGCCUGGUCGCAGUAUCUUCCCACCCAGGCCAACCGCGAGCUGGCCGCCUUCCAGAAGAAAUGGCUCGCCUUCAACGAACGGGCCCUCAGCAGCGCAGUCAAACAGGGCCUCCACGACGCCCCCAUCGUCCACUUCUUCGCCGCCCGAGACGCCGGCGAGCUCUCCACCGCGGAGCUCCUACACACCCUCGACGAGAUGCUCUACGCCAACCUGGACGUCACCAUCGGCGGCGUCAGCUGGAACGUCGUCUUCCUCGCCGCCCACCGCGCCACGGCCGCCCAGCUGCGCCAGGAAAUCGCCGACGCCCGCUCCUCCUCCGUCGCCGGCGACCUCGACGCCUACAUCCUCUCCAACUCGACCCUCCUAGCCGCCUGCGUCGAAGAAGCCGCCCGGCUCCGUCCGCUGGCAGCCUUCUCCGUGCCCCAGGCCAUCCCGACCGCCCGCUCCGUCGGCGGGUACCACUUCCCCGCGGGGACCAACUUCGUCGUCGACUCGUACGCGCUCAACAUCCGCAAUCCUUACUGGGGGGACAACCGCUACGAGUACCGGCCUGAGCGGUUCCUGGCGCGCAGCCCGACGCAGGCGCGGUACCACUUUUGGCGGUUUGGCUUUGGUCCGCGGCAGUGCAUGGGCAAGUUUGUGGCUAGUAAUGUCAUCCGCGAGAUUCUCGUGCAUUUGGUGGAGAAUUAUGACCUGGGAAUGGCCAAGCCGGAGGCGAUGGAGGCGUGGGGCCGGAAUGCGGAGAUCUGGAUUAAUCAUCCGGAUAUGCAGGUGAGCUGUGUGAAACGGGGAUAG